UUUGAUCAUGUGAUCUACAAAGGGAGACUAUUCUAGUUGCAGAACAUCCCACAACAAACGAGGUUAACGAUGAUUAAACAGAAGAAGGCCAGCUAAAAUGAUUAAUAAGGAAAAUGAAUGGUGAUGAUGGACAUUCAGCGGAGAAACAAUCCAUCCUUACACGGCUUCUUGACGCUGUCAAACAGUGUCAAGUUCGGUUUGGUGGCAGAACAGAAUUAGCAGCUGAUGCAGACAGCAGAGUUUCCUGUUUGUGUGCUGCAUGGGAAGUAGCUCUUCAGCAUGGAAUGAAACAGAACAAAGCUCUGACGGCCUUAAAACAAGUAACCAACCUGACCGGCCUUAACAAAGUGACAGACAUAAUCACAGACAUCACAAGCAAGGAGACGGAACCAGUGUUCUGGCAGUAUGUGAAGGAGAGCCUAACGAAACAUGAACAGGACCGAUUUUAUACCCUGAAGAACAUCAGUACAGACACGGGACGCGGUCGAGCAUGGCUCAGGUCGACCCUCAACGAACACUCACUGGAGCGGAACAUGCACAUGAUCCUGGAGAGCGAGGAGCUCCUCAGGCAGUAUUAUGAGUCGUGGGCAUUCAUGCGUGACCAGGAGAGGAGCAGUAUGAUGCCAAUGAUGGCUGCCGGUUUAGGAUCCAUUCUGUUUGCUAUUAAUAUUGACAACCCUGACCUGAAUGCUAUCAAGAGGGCAGCCUCUAGCAAUAUCAACAUUCCUGUGACCUCUAAACCCAUCCUGGACAAGAUUGCUAAUGAGCCCCGCCCAGUGAUAGCGGGGGAGGAGAGCAGUGCACCACCUCCAGGAAAACAUACAGAGGUCAGAAAGAAAGAGAAGAAGAAGAGGAAGAAGAAUGCCCACAUUGUCAGUUUUGAUGAGGAUGAUUCUGGUACAUUCAGUGCUGAUCCUGACCAAUCAGAACACAGUUCAAAGUACACAAUAGGGUCAUCUGACUUGACCCCUAGGUCAUUAGAAGGGGAGACAAUUGAUGAAAGCAGUGAGCUGGAUUCAAAGAUUCCCUCACUGUCAAUACAUGACAAUAGUUCUAGUGAUUUACGGACACAUUUAUCUGUAGGGAUGUCAUAUCAGCGCGAGGCCAGUAUUAACUCUGAGACAUCGUACGACAGACCACCAAGUGUUCAGUCCCUCAGCUCUGCUGACUUUGACGUCAGUGAUUCUACUCAGGGAUUGGUUCCCCUAUCUAAGGAGGGUCAGCCAAUCACAUCCAGUGAUAUAAGGGGCAUGUCACGAUUCUCUGAUUCACUGAGUACCUCAGUUGAUUCCACGGGAAGCUUGCCCAAGUUCAGUGGUUAUGAUAUUGAGUCUGCAGCAUUAGCUCUGGACAUGGCACAGAAGGGAACUAACUCCAGCUUCAGUCGGACAGCGGGGGACGGAGUGAAUGUGGAGGAGGUGAUACAGAGAGAAACCAUGUCAACAGAAGAAUUAAAAAAAGCUGUGGUAGCCAUGAUGGUCCGUAAAGAUGAAGUGGAGGAACAAAACAAGAGUAUCCAGGCGAUGUUACAACAGGAGAUGGAGACCUCCUCCAUGUUGAGGGCAGAAAUUGAGGAGAUGAAGCAGACGGUCGCAGCCAAGCAGGAGAAGGAGCAGGCUAAAUACCAGACACUUCAAAAGGAGAACGAGCUUUUGAAGCACCAGCUCAGGAGAUAUGUGAAUGCUGUCCAGAUGUUAAGGGCAGAAGGGUCACAAGUCGAUGAUAGUUUAGGAAUUCACCUUGAGGAGCCCCAGCCCUCUAUCCCCCCUGCUAAGUCUACAGUGGACUAUAGCCACGAGGCGUCUGAGUAUGAAAAGAAACUCAUCCAGGUGGCAGAGAUGCAUGGGGAGCUGAUGGAGUUUAAUGAGAUGCUUCACAGACAGCUCAAUGCCAAGGAGGGAUUUAUACGGAGACUGCAGGGGGAGCUGGUAGACCUCAGAGGACCUCUCCCUCAGGACUUACUCUCCGCGGGGGAGGAGACCAGUGCUGACCUGGAUCAGUCAGCGUCAGGUCGGGUCAGGUCACUGGUCAACAUCUGGAUCCCUGCCGCCUUCCUCCAGGGAGCUGCUUCAGAUGCCCACCACACAUAUCAGAUAUAUGUGAGAAUUAAAGAUGAAGAAUGGAAUGUUUACAAAAGAUUCAGCCAAUUUCAUCAAUUUCACAAUCAAAUAAAAAAGAUUUAUCCCAAGACAGGAAAAUUUGAAUUUCCUCCAAAAAAGACAAUAGGAAAAAAGGAUGCCAAGGUUGUAGAAAAUCGUCGAAAAGUGUUUCAGACGUAUUUACGACUUGUCAUUAAUUUAGUUUUUGACAAUGAUAAGACCAAAGCUACCAGUGUAAACAAGGAGGUCUUCAUUCAGAAGCUGCCAUUUUUCAGUGAUAAGGCUGCAGAAAAAAAUGAUGCCAAGAAAGUAAAGAAAACUAGUUCCUCUUCUUCACUGUCCACCAGUCCUGGGAACCAGUCAAGCUCGCCUCAGCCUCAGUAUGAGGGACUGUGAUCACAUGACCUUGUCUAUGAAGCUGUGAUCACAUGACCUCGUCUAGGAAGGCAACUGUCAAAGGUCAACUUAAAUGUUGUGGGCUUUAAUAUGUACAAUUUGUGAAAUCUGGACAUCACAUCACUGCUCUCAGAGUUUGAUAUUUAUUGUAACUUAUUUUACAAUUUUAGUCAUUGCUUUUUUAGCAUAAGGUUGAUGAUUUACAAGAACAUGAAAUGUCUUUUGUAAUAAAAGUACUCAGAAACAGGUAGUGAAACAAAAUAAUAAUUGUGAAACACAAAUGUGCUUAAUUUCAAUUCUUCUAAAAUUAGGGCCUAGUUCUUAUUUCUAAUGUGAAAAAUUAGUUUUCAACUUUUAUUUAUUACAAAUCAUUCUACCAGAAUGUAUAUGUUUAAGCUACAUAUAAGUAGCAUUUUAUUUUUCAUUGAAACUGUUGAUGUUUGCCCUUAUAAUUUUAUAUUGACAUACACGUCAGUAAAAAUAUUACAGAAUUCUUUAAAUUUGUUCCAUUUUAAAUUUGCCCACCAGUAAGUAAGGAAAGAGAGGAACAAGCAGGACUAAAAAUUUCCCUCUUUACAUUAUAUUAAAAAAUUCACGAUACCUGUGUUUAUAUUUAACAAGUUUUAGCGUAACUCCUUUUGAAUCCUUCUGGAGUCUUCACAGUAUUUGUAAAUUUCUCCACAACACGAUACAUUUGACGUAUAAUUUCUCUUUUAAUACAUGCACUACAUAUUUAUUUGGAAUUUCAAUAAUACUGAAGUCAUGAAAUAUUUGACUCCAUAUAGCACAGAACAAUCUGAUAAAAAUUGACCUGAAGACCACAGACCGAGUCAUCCAAUCAAAGGGAGUGUGCAAUAUUCUGGACAUCCUUUAUCAGUCUGGGGGUUUGUGUUGUGAUUUAAAUUGAUUCUUUAACUGUCUGCAGCAGCAGAAGUUUCUUAACUUUUUAAAAAAUAAAUUUAUGUAAUUUAUAUAUACCAAAAGGAUGAUGUUUCUGAAAGCAAAUGAGGUUUAUUCCAGAGGAGAUUUUUGAUAAAUCACCCUGAAAGAAAUUCGAUAGAUGACUUGAUUGAUACAUUUUUUAAGAUUUGUUGGAUAUAGAUAAUGCCAAUGCAUAAAUGUUUUUUUUUAAUGAGAAUGAAUUUAUUUUUAUGAAUUUUCAGAUAUAUGAAUAAGAGGUGCACAUUUGUAUCAAAUUUGUUGAGACCCACUAUGUCUUGAUUUGUUUUGUUUAAAACAGAUGAGCAUAAAUGUAUUAAAUUGCAUUCAUCAUCA